UGGAAGAAUCAGACAGCGAGACCUUCCAGUCUCAGCGUCAACCUUCGGCAAAGUCUGAGCUCUAGUCGGGCUCGACUUCUGUAUCGAAGCCGAGAAGGCUGACCAGACACCCUGCCUGGAACCUCGAUGAAGACGACGACGAAGAUCAGCCGCCCAGAAACCCUACCAGAAUUAACGAUGCAGACGGAGACUAUGCUCUGGCUCUGCAACUUCAAGCAGAAGAAGAAGACAACCAGCGUCGUGCUCAAGCAGCGGAACAUCAACAAGAGGACGAACUCUCUCGCCAGUUCCUUGAGCGUCAUUCCGCAUCGACUUCAGAGCAACGUCUCGCAUCGACUCCAGAGUUACACCUCACAUCGACUUCAGAGUCACGACUCGCAGUUCAUGCUGUCAGGAAGUUCGACGAAGAAGUCCAGCCGCCCAGAGACUCUGGCUGGAACGUCGAUGGCGAAGAAGAUUCCCUUGUCCGGAAUGACGACAAAGACGAAAACGAAAAAGGAGAAGCUGCCAAGAGAUAGAGAGUUACGACGAAGUUCUUUGAAGUUCAGCAACAAAAUUUUAUCCCGGACUCCGAGCUCGAAAAGCUUCUCAAAACAGCAUUGACUGCGACGUCGAUGCGGACUCUGGAAGAUACGCGAAGAUUCAGCUGAGUCCCAAUCAGCGUGUCCUGACUAUCGCAGAUUUUCUGCAGCACAUCGACGUCAAUGAUCGCCAGGACGUGCUUGAUUUACUCGACCAACAAGAGCAGUCCACCGCAGACGACGAAUUGCUACAGCGUCGAUUU